CUCUGCGUCCUGAAGUCCUCGGCUCCGCUCACACGCUCCGGGUCUCUCGCAGGCUCCGUGUCGUCUCACCUGAGACAGGCUUCGGUGCGGAUCAUCGAUCAGACCGCCUGCUCACUACCCUACGUGUACGGCUCGCAGCUCACUCCCAGAAUGCUUUGCGUCGGAGUUAUGGAGGGAGGAGUGGACUCCUGUCAGGGGGACAGCGGGGGUCCUCUGGUGUGCCGGACCGAGGCGGGUGACUGGCGUUUGGCCGGUGUGGUCAGUUGGGGUGAAGGAUGUGGACGGGUCAAUAAACCCGGUGUUUACAGUAAAAUCACUUCUCUGCUAAACUGGAUGGAUCUGUACAUCAACGAAGCAAACGGAGAGUCCUUCUCGACGGCCGCCACGCAGAACAAUCCCUUCUGAAGACAGCAGCGUCGCGAGUCAUUACUGUUAGACCGAUUGUAGCAGGCUUUACUGUCGUGACCGAGUGCAUAUCAUGUGUGACGAAGGCUGCAAUAAAAGACGACUGGGCCGGUGUGACUGGAGUCACGUACGCUCAGAGAAGGGUGUGUUUGAUGAAGGAAUGUGGUUUGUUCAGCUGCACAGUCACCGGUCAGCGUCGCAUCCAAUGCGUAACAUGCUCAUGAAUAUUAAUGAGCGCGUGCUGUUGUUGCUAGGCGACCCACCGGGAGCGUCCCGUCCUGUCUCGUAAUGGGACACUAAUUCAAAAUUCAGCAUUUAUAUCUAUCCUAAAUCAUGCUUUGCGAUGAUAUCCUGCUUUUCAGUUUUACAUCGCAGUUACGUCUCGCAAUUAUGUGUUUAAGUCACAAUUAGAUGAGUUUGCAGUAUCUUGCAGGGCUGAAGCUUACUGGGCUAAAUAUUUGGAAUAUAAAAUGUAGGAUUUUUAUCUCACAAUUAAGUCUUUUUUUCUCAGAAUUGCGGAUUUCUGCGUUUUUAAUCCAUUCUGAUAAAUGCAAAUAAUAUUAAAUAAAUCAAUAUUUAUUAAUAAAUUAAUAAACCAAUAUUUAUUAAUAUUUUUAUUAAUUAAUUUUUAUUUUUUUUUACAAUAUUUAUUGCUUUGAUGUAUUGCUCGUGUUGGAAACAAGCUCCCACGGUUCUGUGAAUAGCAUUAAUUCUCACACAAUAUAUUUGUUUACGUUCCUCGACAAAGAUGUUGCUGUAUUUAUAAAUCUUAAUGAGUGGAAAAUAAUUUAACACGCUACAGGUUUCCGACUACGAAAUGUUAUCCUAACGUUAGCACAUGGUUCCUUUUUGGUUAUCCUUUGAGAAUCAGUUAAUGACUCUUUAGGGAUAUUCCACCUGAAUAUAUAAUCCGUGCCAUCAUUUACACAAAGGAAGACAUUUUGAGGGAAUGCUGGUCAGGAAACCGUUGAUGUACUUCAAUGUAAGUCAAAAGGAUUUUUCUAAAUGUUUUAUUUAUUUAGAUU